AUGAAUAGACUUAUAGUGGAUCCUAACCUGGAACACUGUCCAGACUUCACUUUGGCUGCAUUCCAACCCAGUUGUCUUCUGCUCUUAAAUCCCUUGACUGAUGAUGCACAAGCAGCUGUUAUGCUACAGAACAUCUGGCUGGCCAUGAACUCUACUCUAAAAAUUCAAUGGCAGCAGCAACUUGACUCUGACACAUUGGAAGUCACAGAACAACAAUGUCUACUUGACAAAGCUGCUGAGCAAUGUCUUGAUGCUCAAAAGCUACAAGAUGCUGUUCUUGCUGAGGAAGACAGGAAGAAGAACCAUAUCCAUCACAUUGUUAUUCCUGACCAUCCCCACCCCAAGUGGGCUGCUGAGGAAAUUCUUGUCUCAGACUUUGCCUUGUGCAAACUUGACAAAGCGCAAUUCAUGGAACUAUACUACUGGACUAACAAGGGUCUUGCUGAUGUGAGAACAAACUUCUGUACUUUGGAUGAUGACAGCAUGGUUCCAACAGUGGGUGUUGAUGGUUCUGCUACAUGGAUAUCAGCCAGUGUGGCUCAUCCAGCCACUGGUGUCAUUCCUGACCACCUCCUAGCUCUGCUUGAUUUUUCAUGCGCAAUUCCCCACUUCAUUGCCUCUCAUGAGCAGCAUGGCUGGGCCAACUCUCACAUCAUUAUGUUAGCUAACUUCUUUGGUGCCUUAAUGUUACAUAAGUACUGGACCUUGGACAACAUUUUGGAAAUGAAGAACAGUGCCAUGCAUGGCACCAGGCCAUUACACAGCCCUCUGGUGCUUGGAACAUCUCCAUCAUAG